GACAAAAGAAUAUAAAGGUAGAAGAGCUUGAGUGUCCGAAACCAGAGGCUUUCCUGUACAGUCUCUCUCCUCCCAUUAGACUCUUCUGCUGUCAACAUGGAGAGAAGAGAUCACGUGCUGGAGAUGCUACACUGCCUGAACGAGAAGAUCACGAUGGGUGAGAAGCGUGGAAUGAAAGCGUUGGAGCUGUGGUGCAAGAGGGUGACCGACGGCUACCCCGGGGUCAAGGUGGAGAACAUGACCACCUCCUGGAGGGACGGCCUGGCCUUCUGUGCCCUCAUACACCACUUCAGACCAGACCUCAUUGAUUUCUCGAGUCUGAAGAAGAACAACAUCUUUGUCAACAAUGAGUUGGCCUUUCGCACAGCUGAGCGCCAUCUGGGCAUCCCUGCACUGCUGGAUGCUGAAGACAUGGUUGAGUAUGAGGUACCUGACAGACUGUCCAUCCUCACCUAUCUGUCACAGUUCUACCAGACAUUCGCCUCCCAUCCCUCAUCCCCCAUCAAGAGAUCCCCAGACAGUCCUCAGUUCUCUGACAGUUCCUUGGGUCUCUCCACCUCCGGAUCCACCCCUCCUCCCAAGGAGGUCAGAAGACGGGACCCGUGUGUCGUGUGCGGCAACCCCGUCUUCUUGGCCCAACGUCUACUGGUCUCCGGCCGCCUCUAUCACCGCACCUGCUUCCGCUGCGCUCGCUGCCACUCUCAGCUCACUACGGCCAACUUCUACGAGACUGAGAACGGAGAGUUUUGCUGCGAGACCUGUCCUGACGAGGAGAUGGACCAGGAGAUUGGUGAUAAAGGCGGAGGGUUGCCUCCUUCACCACUACUACCAAAACCACAACCACCACACGACGAUGACAAGACUGACUCCCUCGCUUCCACUAGAUCUGCCUCACUAGUCGGCCUGCGGAGAAUGAUGUUCGAGAACAUCACCCAAGCUACGACAGACGACGACAAAGAGAUUCCCAGGAAGUUAUCAUUGCGUGAGGGAGAUAAUCUAUCGAGGAAAAUGUCGGGUGAUAAAGAGAGUGUGUCACAAAAGCUGUCGUUGAGUGAUAAGGUCAUAGACUCUCCGAGGCAAUUGUUAGUCAAUGACAAACCUAGACCUAGUGAGCCAGAUGUUAUGGAGGACGAUUAUGAAGUGUUAAGCAGCAAAAGUUCUCAUAGGUUAAGUUUUAAAGUAAGGAAAAGUGAGAAUGAAUCCAUUAGUGUAGAAAGUAGUUUAGAAACCCAAAAGCCUGUGUCUCUACCAAGUGAUUGUUUUAUUCCUAAGAUGUCAUUGUCCCAAGAUAACAACAGUGCCACUUAUGUAGAAGAGUUUUCUAGUUUGAACACUACUACAGACUCGGGCAUUGUUGAAACUGAAAACUUAAGUGUUAAUGCUCAAAUUAAACUAGAUUUAGAUAGUGAUUUAGAGCCCAUUUCAGAUUCCAGUGACGUUUCAACCGUCCAAGCUAAGAACAUUGUUUGUAAUUUUAAUGAAGAAGUAGAAAAAGAUAAGUUAGUAGAGUCUAAGGAGUCCAUAGAGAAGAAACCAAUAGAAGCUAAAAACAAUGUUGUUGUUAGUGAUAGUUUAAAAGAAGAAAAUAUGUCUUUGUACUCUGAAAAUGAAGUGCUUAUUAGGCGUGCUGAAAAUGAAAGCUUGAAGCAGUCAGGUUGUGAUUUCCUAAAAGAAGAAGAUGAAUUCACCAGCUUAACACAAAAUAUUGAAAAGCUCGUAUUAGAUGCCAAGAACGAAGAAACAAUUGAUGCUGUUGAAAAAGAGCAAUCAUCUUCUCAAGAAGUAUGUGAAGGUAAAGAUAGACCAGAAAAUAAUAAAUUUACUCAAGAAGUUUCUGAAAUUCCAAUGCCUGUUGAGCGAAUCAUGCACAAACCACCUACACCUCGUAACAGAAAAGUUAAGAAAGCGCUGUUUGAACCAAAGGUGGAAGUGAAAAAACCUGUUGAAGAAUAUCCUGAAGAGUUGAACCCUUUUGGUGAUGACGAAGAAGAGGUUAUAGAAAAACAGAAAAGCUCUUCCAGUUUAAAUCCAUUUGGGUCUUCAGAUGAAGAAGAAGAGGAGCUGAAAGAUGUGAAGAAAGAAACAGAAACACCUAAACCUGCUGUUCGGAAGGUGAUACCAGCUCCUAAAGUCAAUUUGAACCCCUUUGGGAGUGAUGAUGAUGAAGAAGAAGUUGAUGUGACCCUUCCUCCAGAACCCAAACCCAGGAAAUUGAUGACUCCUCAGCCCAGCCCUGAGCCAAGUCCACGAAUACGUCGUCUGCGGCCAGCUACUGGGAGUCUAGGCUCAUCCACUUCCAUUGCAUCGCGCAAGAAGAAACCAGCCCCUCUACCUCCCAACUGGCAGCCUAGCAACACUCCAGGUAGUCGGAAGUCUUACGCUGCACCUCGACCCCCCACCACUCCUUCCCCUCCACCUUUACCUCUAACUUCUCCCCCCUCCUCUCGUCCAAGCUCCCCUCUCUGGGAAACCGAAUGUAAACAGCUGUUCAACCGUCAGCGUCAAAAUUCUAUCACUUCAGAGACAUCAUCCAUCGGCACUGCGAGUACGUUCAGCAGUUACACGCCACACAAGAGCAUGUCUGGACAAUGGCGGCGCAAGAAAGGCCCGGCGCCAGCGCGACCCGUGCCGGUUCGGCGCAACGUCGCCCCGAUGCCACUGGUUGCUGUGCGGCAGGAGCUGCACGACAUUGAGGUCAAACAGCAAGGACUGGAGAGACAAGGGGUCAAGCUGGAGCAGACAAUAAGAGACAAGUUUGAACAAGAAGGGGCGAGCCUGACCCCGUAUGUAGAAGAGAUGGUUUUGCAACUGUUUGAGCUGGUCAAUGAAAAGAAUGAGUUGUUCCGUAGACAGGCUGAACUUAUGUACUUACGGAGACAGCACAACUUGGAGGAGGAACACGCAGAGUUGGAGUACCAGAUCCGCUGUUUGAUGAUGAGACCAGAGAGAAACAAAACAGAUUCUGACAAAGCCAAGGAGGAGCAACUCAUUCAGAGGUUGGUAGAGGUAGUUGAGAGGCGGAACGAGAUUAUCGACUGCCUGGAGAUGGACCGUCUAAGGGAGAAAGAGGAGGAUCGAAGUGUCGGAACUCAACUUGGGAUAUUCUCAGCUGCAGUUGGAAGUGAAGUGGAUUUGAGGACACUGAAACCUGAUAAGAAGAAAAAAGAUGGAAAAAGGAGAUGGAGCAAAAAGGAAAAGGUUUUAGAAAAAGAAACAGAAGAUAUUGGAGAGAAGAAGAAGAGCAAAAAGAAAUGGUUUACACUGCAUCACCUAACCAGAAGUUGACAAUUGUUACCACUAGCGCGUAAUCACGCUUCAUCUCAUUAUUGUAUUAUAUGUAUUUUAUAAUGUUUAAA